AUCUAUAAUAAAAAAAAAAUCCGGAAGAAUUCCCCUCUAUACGCAUCCUUGUCUCAUCAGGAAUAUUAUAAAAGAUGGACGCCUUUCACGCGAUUCAGUAGAACGUCGCACGUUGUUAGACGAGUGUGUGUGUUGUGUUUGUGUUGCGAUUUAGAAAAAAUAUCAAGAUUCAGUUCAAGAUGUGCGCAAAAAAGAUGUGGUUGAGCUGCCUGGUCGCCUGCCUGUACGUUAGCGCAACGCUGGCAGCCAACGAGUACUUGCCACCAAGCAACGGCUACACCUACAACACACCCAAAAUACCCUUCCCCCCCACAACUGCACCUGGAAGACCAACUCCGCCUACGUUUAGACCGACCACAUCUCGUCCUACCUACGUGCCACCUUCCACACCCACCGGCCCUGGACCUCAUGAACCCAAUCAUGAUCAUGAUCAUGAUCAUCACCAUGAUCAUCAUCACCACGAGCCUGGCAUGCCAUUCGACUUCGCUUACGCAGUGAACGAAGACGGUAAUGACUACAGCCACAACGCGAAGUCAGACGGUGAUGUCACGCGCGGGGAGUAUAGAAUCGCGUUGCCUGACGGUCGGACUCAAAUCGUCAAAUACACAGCUGACUGGAAGAACGGUUUUAAUGCUGAGGUGACCUACGAAGGUGAAGCCCGGUAUCCAGACCAGCCUACCGGAGGCUAUUCCGCAGGUCCCGGCCAGUCCUACGUCCCACCAAACCAAGGAUACCAAUACUAAGAAAAGUGAUCAAAAAAGAAUAAAUGGCUCUGUCGACUAGCCGUUUAUCUACCAUGACGUACUAAAUCAUCUUUGAUUAUUUAUAUGAGGGAAUACAAAAGAAUUACAACAAAGCUUUAUUAUAUUUAAUGACACAUAAAUUAACGAAUAUAUUUUGACCAUAUAAGUGAAACAUAAUCUCAGUAACUGACAUGUACAUAGCAGUUAUUAUAUUAAACGGCUAGUGUUCAGACUUAACGUUUAGGGAAAUUAUGCGGACGUUUUACUUUUCAUCACUAGAUGGCAUUACUUGUUACACGCCAUGGAGAUGCUUAUUUUUAAGGUCGAAUAAUUGUUAACCACUUUUUUUUUAUAUAUUAAAAAGAUUUAUAUUGAAAGAGUGUUAUCUCGCCAUCUAGUUAAAACAGAUUUUUUUUUCAUUCCACGUGUAUAUUUUAGAACUCAUAUUUUAUACUUUAGUUACCAAACAAAGUUACCAGAAAAACACUGUAAAAGGUAAAAAUGUUAAUUACUAGCAAUUUCCUUAUAGAUCCCUACAAAUAGCGUUUUUAUGGCUUUUUGUAGAUAACUGUUAAGUUUUUUUUAUUGUAUACUAUUUCUUUUAUUAUGCCAUGACUAUUAAACAAUGUGAUUUGUUUCAUGAAUUUCAUAUGUUAGUUUACUUGUAAGCAAUUGUAAAAUACUCAUAAUCACUGCCUUUAAGUAUAUUUAUUGUAUAGUAAUAAAUACUUCAAAUAGGUUGACAAUAAUACAAAUAAGAUGAAAAUUUUCUUUUGUAACUUACUUUUUAAUAAACAUUUUUAUAGAAAAAUUA